CGUCAAAUUAUUUUCGGGAAAGAGCUGCGGUGCAGAAUGGCGGCCGGCAAAAACUCAGUGGACUUCCACGUCGCUGCAAUCAGGCGCGGCAUGCUGCCCUUCCCAGUGGGGAAAUGGAACUACGGCAUAAACUGCUACACGAUCUCUGAAAAGGGUUUUUAUACUGAAAGGCAUUCGAGAGGGCCGCCAGUGAACGGCAAGCUUGAGCAGGACACCUCACCCUGGCGCUGGUCAGCAGAUCUCGCUGAUGGCAAAUCCAUCAUCUUCAACUUGCGUGCAGACGGCAAACUCGCUACUGAGAUCUUCUCAAAACCAGGGCUUCAGCGAGGAGCGCAACAGGAAGCCAGUCUGGAAGGAAAUGUCAAAAUUCUGAAGCCUCGUAUUGCAAGAGAACAAUGGCUGACUGGAUUGCAAGGAAUUGCUGAAUGCGGGGUUUCCUGCAGUCCGAGUAGUCAGGUGCUGCACCAGAGUAUACAAUGCAUUCAGAUGGUUUGGGAAUGGAUUGAUCGGUUCAACAGUCUCUACAAGAGUAUGAACAACUCGCGAGACAACCCGGAAUUCGAUUGCUUUAUGAAGGAUGUGUCCAUUCUAGUUUGCAGCUUACUUGACGGCACGCAGACUGGUGCAGAGUGGCCGGGUCGUUUUCUAUGCGCAACUGUUCUGCUCAGAUGCCUAUUCCAGCGCUGGCCGCAUGUGAAGCAAGCGAGGGGUAUGGCUGGCAUCUUUCGACGAACAACAUUUUCAAGCCUUGAGCAGUGCCGGUCGAAGUACGGAGAGGCGUUGGUGGCAUGCAAAGGGCAGCUGGAUGAGAUGGUUGGACAGCUGGGGGGCGACAGCCAGCGUCUGCUGCUACAGCAGCUCGAGGGGCUGGUUCUGCGGGAGGAGGCGUCCACGCUGAGUGCCGUGUGUUUCCUGGAGAUGGCCGCGGCUGUGGCCAGCCGAAUCGGCCAGGCCUUGCCUGCGGAUGACCGCCAGAAGCCGGGCUUCAACCUGGAGAAGGCUCUGGCGCGCUGCGCUGAGCAAGCCGAGGAUCACGAAGCGUUUUGCCAGGAGGUUGCACCCCUGUUGGCCCCGGCGUGUGGCCUGCAGUGCCCGCACAAAGCGCCACGCUUGGCAAAGUGCAUUCGCUCCGUGAGCAAGCUAUUGAAGGGUGCCCGCCCUGAUGCAGUCAUGCAGUUGACAGUAGACGCAUGUGCACGUUUGGAGGACCAAUGCCUCCUGGUGCCCGUUGCAGAAGAGCUUUUGUGUGGACACUGGAGCUUGAGCCAAAAUGUCCAAGAAGCCGUGCGCCGCGUGGUGGAGGAUUGGUUGACUCCGCUACUCUCAGCAUCUUACUUUGGAGAAACAGUCCAGGCACCGUUGACAGCCAUCGCUUCAGUGCCUUUACAAAAGGCCUGGUGCAGUCAGCGGAUGCUGAGCUUCAUGAAGGAACUUCAGAUCCGGUGCCGUUGCUUGACACUGCCGCCGCCGGUGAAAUCCCAACUACAGUGUCAGGACCUGUACCUCCGGGCACUGGUGGGCGCUUGCCGCCAGCACCCUGCCCAGGUGGGUGGAAUUCUUGGGGUUCUCGAGGGGUUGGAGCUCGGGGCUGCGGAGCUGUGCAGCUUGAGCUUGGAGCUGCUUUCGCUGCCAGGUCUGAGUCUGCAACAUGUGAGCUGGAAGAAGAUCCUGUUGCCGACCGCCGGCGCAUCCCGCUUUCCCGAGCUUUUGCAGCGUGCAUUGCGGGAGCUUCGGUGUGGGAGCGGCAACACUGCGAAGUCCACGGAGAAGUUUUAUGCCAUUUUGCGGGACUUGGAUGAUUGCGGAGUCUUGCAGGAGUGCCGAAGCUGUGUGGCUGCUGGAAUAAGGGAGUGCGCUGAAUGGACUCUGCCCAUUGCCACUGUGUUUGCAGGUUCGGACUGGCUGAAGCUGGUUUUCCUGGAGUGCUGGGUUCCGAGCCUCCUAGUGGCACCGCCAGGCUCGCAGAAGGAGAAGGACUUCUUUGAGUGGCUGGGCUCUGAGCACCUGCUGCGCCGCCCGCAGCUGCUGGACAGCCGCGUGAAAAGCGAGAACUUCAUCCACCCCUUUCUUGGAGAGCUGCCAGAAGAUGACAAGCUUUGGGCACGUGAGUGGAAGGCCAUCGGCAACUGCGACUGGCCACGGCUGAAGCCGUUGCUCACGGUCUUUGGCGCUGAUGCAGAGGAAACUCCGCUGCCUGCGAGUCUGCAGUUCUUUCGGCGCCUGGGCCACGUUGCCCAAGAGGGCCUCCUGCCGUGCAGGGCCUACCUUGAGCUCGAGAGUCGAAGGCGAAGUCUGCAGGCGCUCGUGGAAAACGUCGAGCUGCUGCUCCCAAGCUUCGCUGCCAAAGUGCAGGAGCUGAAUCACAGGGUGGAGGAUGUCCGGGCUGAGCUACAGCGGCAUGUGCAGCUGCUGGAGUUCCUGGUGGAGAAGUGGCGAUUCCAGGAGGUGGCCACAUUCCGCUUGGAGCUGAAGCAGAAGCUGGCACGCUCCGAGGACCUGACCUUGGUGGAGCUGGAGCAGGCGGCACGGCAGAGCUGCGACUUCUUCAAGUCCUUCCAGGACGAUGGCCAGGGCACCUUCGACUUUUUGCAGCACUUCAUGCGGGUGGGCUCCGUCUUGAUCAACCCCUGCCUCAAGUAUUUUGCAGAUGCCAUCACCACCGAGCUCGACGAGAGCAAUGAUUCGAUGCUCUUGAACAUAGACUUCCAGGGCUUCUGCUCGGUGGUGCAGCGGUGCCACCGGACCCUGGGCUCCUUGGCGCGUGGCGAAACGGUGCCCCGCAGCCUGUGGCGCCUCUGCACCACGGCUUUGACGCUCACUGAGCCCAAGGUGCGGAAGGAGGUGAGCCUCCUGGUGGAAUAUUUUUCAUCUGACACAGCCGGCGUGUUGCUGGAUGCCCUGCGGGUGCACAGGAUCGCUGCAUCGCUGCAGAAUUUGGAGAUGGCUUUGCAGCAGAAGCGCUUGGACUGGGUGCUGGGCUCUGCCAGCUUCCAGCGGGCGAAGGUUGCGGCCGCUUCGGUGCUGGCAGCGGAGGUGAAUGUGGCGGCGGACGCGGCCAGGUUGCCAACUUUCCGGGAGUGCGGCUUUGGAGAUUUCGAGCCAGACCUGUUCCAGACCCUCGUGCAGAGGGUCUGCAUUUUCGACUUCCUAGCACAGAAGAAGUUCGUGGGGCAGAUGGGCCUCCAGGAAUUUGAGGCGGCCCUGACAGUAGUCCGCCAGCGUCUGGAGGAGGAUAUCCCUGUAAGGCAAGCGCUUCUGGACGAGCUGCAUCACUGUGCGGAAGUUCUGUCCGGCUUUCUGCGGAUCGCAGUGGAAGAAGCGCAGUCAGAGCCCGCCCGCUCGGAGACCUUGGUGCAGAUUCUGCGGGACUUGACGUGGAAGAAAGUGAGGUUGGAGUCCUUUAACUUGGUGGCGGAGCACUUGCAGCUCAUCCAGGCCCUGUUUGAGAGUAUGGGCACCGGCAGCCAGCUGCUGCUCUACACCGUCGGCCAGAUCUUGCAGGGGUCUUUGGUGAUCGAUGGCGGCAACGAGGACUUUCAUUGCCGCUACAACUACGAAGCUGCAGCUGGAGAGGUGCAUGUACCUUCAACCAGUCUUUUGGAAUAUUCCACAAGGAGUCUUAUGAGCCUGGAGGGCUGGGACUCCAGCUCAGAGGAGGCCCUGACUCUGCGGACCUUCCUGGAGCAGAUGGAGGCGGUGGCGGCCCCCUGGGGCCUGGCACGCACCGGAAGCCAGCUGCACCGCGCGGGACACCCGGAGUUCCGCCAGCCCAAGGAGUUCCGCAUGGGGCGGCUGACCACCACGGCGCCUUUGCAGCUGCAACGCCUCGACUCCUGGGGCCAGCGGGUGCUCGCCGCUCUGGAUGCCGCACCCCUGCUGGGCCUCGUGCCCCGAGGUCAGUUUCAUGCCUGGCUGGCCGACCUGUGUGAGCAAGGCUUUACCCCGGAGGUGCUGUCCUCUCUGAGCGAGGGCCUGGGUAUGUGGUGCUCCGAAAGCAGCGAGGAGGAGUUCCAGAAGAAGCUUUGGCCUGCUGGCAUUGCCAUGAACCAGCGCUUAUCAGCUGACGUUGCGCUGGAGGCUUUGCGCCUCUGCUGCCAGGGCCUCCAACUCGCACGACCGGCGACGCAAAGGCCGGCGCGGGGGCGCUACCUGCUUCGUGCGGAGAGUGAUGAGGAGCAGCUUCUGCUGGUGGCUCAGCUUUUCCUUCGCUGGCCCGGUGGUCCGCAGCGCCUGCCGCGGCCCUCGGAGCUGCUCUUUGGGGGGCCCGACGUGCUGCUGGACGAGGUGAAGGCUUUCCUUUGGCGUGCCGAGCACUUCCCAGAUCUGCUCUUUGUGCUGGUGGAGCCCAGCGGCCUUCCACCGGAGGGCAAGAAGCACGUGGCAGACUGGCUCUGCAAGAGCGAGGCCGACUGCUUGGUGGCGGUGAUCCUCACAACGCCUUGGCACAUCCCAGCUUCAGCGCAGGUUCAGCAACUGGCACUGGCGCUGGAUGGUCAGCUAAGGCAACUGUGGCGCGAGCGGAGCGCGGAGGUGUGGCUUUAUCAGGGCGCAGAGCCGCCCUGGGGGGCCGGGCCAUCCUCCGGGAAGAGCUUGUGCAUCCAGCGCGAGUGCCAGGCCUUCGACUUGGAUGUCAUAUCGUGCAUUCUGCACGAGGGCUUUCAAGCUGGAGUCUUUGUGAAGGAGGCUGCGAAGGCGCUCCGCAAAUCUGCUGAAGCUGGCAGGGGCAGCGCCUUGCACAUCGACCUGAGCGCCUACAGCAACUUUCAAGCGGCGAAGGCCUUUCUGAGGCACCUGCUACUGUGCCAGGUUCUGCAUGACCCGGCCACUGGACAGAUGGUCCACCUGCCUCCCGGGAUUUGCAUCUACAUGGAGGUGGGAAGAAAGGCAGGCAAGCGCGACCUUCAUGCGUCGAGAUCUUAUGCCACAGAGGCCUUUCUGCUGGAGAAAUUUCCCAAAGUGCCUCCAGACCAGCAGAGCCUGAACCUGUUGUACCCGAUUCUGGGCCUGGUCAGUCAGGGUGCGACGCAGAACGUCAUUGCAGCUCCCUUGCAAUGCGGGGAGCGUCGCUUUGCAAUGCUCAAGGAGGAGGAGGUGCACUCAGUAUCGUGCGGCCGUUGCCAGAAGGAGCCAGUGCGCGGACCAUGCCAUCAGUGCCAGGACUGCCCAAACUACAACCUCUGCCAGGCUUGCUUCCAGAAUGGCCAGCCACACCAUGCUUCGCACCAGUUUCGACGCCGCGCUGUGACGGAGAGGUGUGCACUGGCGCUGCGCCUGAUGCAUGCAUAUCAGCAGGAGCACCCCCGGGAUCCGGCGCGCCGGCUGCUGGACUUCCGCCCCCGAGAGCUGGCAGGCGCAAGCUGCGCUGCCACGUAUGUUGACGAGGAGGGUAUUGACGUGCGGCGCUUCCCGGACCCGAGCGAUCCUGAAGCAACGCUGCAUCGCUUUCUAGCGCAUUUCCAGCUGGAACAGGUGUUAAGCAAGGCCCAGCAGGAGCUUGCGUUGCGAAGAGUGUCCCUUCUGGCAGGAUGGAUGGCCAGCUCCAUCCUCUUCAAAAGUGACACAGCUGGUGAUGGCGAUAAACGACUAGGUUCGCUCCUAGUUGAAAGUGUGGGCAAUGGGUUGCGGCAGCUGAGCAUGGGUGAGGAGCUCUGUCUUCACUUUGUUCCGACCUACACCAGGCAACAGCAAGAAGACUUUCAGAUCUUUGUUCCGAGCCUGGCAUGGAAUCCAGAGCUUCCCAAGCAGAGCAUUUGCCCACGCGGCCCAGACUGCGCUUGCAACACGAUUCGGCGGAGGCUGCUCAAUGAUUUGCCCAGAAAGGUCCUGGUGGCAGAUGCAUCAGCUGCCAGCUUCAUGUUGCUGGAGUCGGCCUUGGAGGAUGAAAGGCAAGGAAUGCAGGCAUUGGCCUGUGCCAUCGGGGUGCCAAUAUCUUGUGUGGAGGCGGUUUUGCGGGAAGAAGGCUACGUGCUGACACGCGACUUCACCAGCAAGAUCCUCGAGCUGCUGGCACGCUGGCGAGGGCGCUUCCCCGCGAUUUUGGUGGGGGAGAGCGGCACGGGGAAGACAAGGGCGCUGCAGCUGCUGACACGGCUGCUGUUGGAGUCCCAGGAAGUGAGGCCCAACUUGCCCUGGGAACUCUUCGAAUUCAUUGGCAACAGGCUCCGGCAGGCCAAGUUCGGAGGGCGCGACACUGGAAAUGAGAUCACCAUCGACGACUCCCCCGAUGAUCCCGUGGUCCUGGCGGUGGACGAGGCGAAGAAGGCGUUGUUGGAGCAGGGCUUCACCUUGCAAAGCUUCCAGGAGCUGCUGCGGAAUGAGAACCUGUACGCUCCGCGCGCAGUUUCUGAGAUGGAGCCUUUGGUCAGUCGCGCUGAGCUACUGCAGUGGCUGGUGGCCAGGGUCCGUGACUCCCCGCGUUUCGAUGUCGGACUGUUCCACUUCAUGGUGCGCGGGGGCGAGUGCCACCAGUGGCGCAGCCUGAACUGUGCGGCGCAAACUUCGGAGCGGGCAAUGGACAGCCUGGCGGUGCUGCGGGCGGCGGCGGGCGAGCAGCCAGAGGAGGAGGCGACAGCGGCUGCCACGCUGGAAGUCGCACUUCGCGCUGUGGCAGCACUCCCGCCGGAGCCGUUUCUCUUCAAGCUACAGAUCCACGCCGCUAUGACUGCAGAGGAAGUGCAGGAGCAGCUCGAGCCGGCGCUGCGUGCUUGCAAACGGGAGCCUCAGCUCGUGGUGGUGGCUUUCUUGGAUGAGGUGAACACCUCCUCGUGCCUGGGCUUGGUGAAGGCCAUGUUCUGCGACAGCCUGCUGGGCACAUAUCCCAACCUCUUCCUGGUGGCUGCAGCGAACCCGUACCGGGAGGAGGCCACAACGGAAGAUCUGGUGGUCCGCGGGAGCAGGACGGUCAUGAGGGACUUCUUCCAGGUGCACCCUCUCCCGCCCUCUUUUGACCCCUACAUUUGGAACUGGAAGUCUCCCAUGGAAGCGGACGAAGAGCGAUACGCCCUGCUCUUAUUGCGGAAGAUGGCAGACCAGGAGGGCAUCGAGAUGCAGCAAGACGAUGCCCUGCGCUUUGCUUCUGCGAUUUCUGAUGCGCAGUGCUUCAUGCGGGACACGUUGCAAUCCAAAUCUGCCGUUUCCCAGCGGGAUAUGAUCCGCGUGGUCCGCUUCCUGAAGUUCUUCCGGCAGCGGAGCUUCACGGCUCCGGCGUGCCGGCGCAGCGGCACGGCGCAGGCCCUGCUGUUGUCCUUCGGAGUGUGCUACUAUCUGGGGCUGAACAGCGAGCAGCGGCGGCAGUUCGCGCACAUCACACGGCGGCAUUUUGAGGAGAUCUCAACAGAAACAUUUGAGCCCCUGGAUUUGCCGGAAGUGUUGGCCAAAGAGAUGGAUUUCUACAUGAGCCACGUGGUGCUGGACGAUUGUAUCGCCGUAACUCGCGCGCUCAAAGAGAAUGUCUUCGCGGUGGUUGUCGGCGUUGAAACCAACAUCCCGGUCAUGAUUGUCGGCAUGCCCGGGACCGGCAAGACUUUAGCGGUGAACAUUGCCACCAGCAUCUUGCGCGGCAGCGGUGCAGUGCCGCUCUUUCGCGAUUUCCGAGAUGUGGCAAACUCAGUCUUCAGGUAUCAAUGCUCCAAAGACAGCACAUCGCGGCAAAUCCACGAACUUUUUGAGAGCGCUCUGCGUGCGAAGAAGCGCGCAGCAGACCGACGCUGCCCUGUUGUCUUCAUCGAUGAGGCUGGACUACCGGAAGAGAGGAUGGAGAGCUUGAAAGCCAUCCACUAUUGGAUUGAUCAAGGCGAGCUUUUCUGCUGCAUCCUGGCAAACAAGCCACUGGAUGCUGCAAAGAGGAACCGAUGCCUGCAAGUGUUCCGUGAUGAAUCCGAUGGUGAGGACUUGAAGGUCCUGGCAUCAAAGUGCCUUGGUGUUCCCCUGCAAGAUCCCAUCUCGCAAUCCAUUGUCAAGGGCUUCUGCGAUGCGUUCUGCGAGAUCUCCAAAGGGCACAGAAACCAGUCCUUGGGCAUGUUCCACCUGCGAGAUUUCCACCAUUGCUUGAGGUACUUGGACCGCAAGGGGCAUGUCAAGGGCGGCUCGGUCUCGGGAAGCGCGGUGCUCAUGAGCCUAGAGCGUAAUUUUGGAGGCCUCCGCAUGGAGGACUUCCAGGAGCUGGCGGAGAUUUUCUUCAAGCACUUGGAGCGGUGCACAGGUGGCCUGGUCUCGAAGCCAGACGCUGCCUUGCGAUCUCCCCUGGACGUGAUCCAAGAGGCCCUUGAGGAUCUCCCAGACGCGGAAGACUUCGAGCCCUACCGCUACAAGCUCAUCAUCGACGAAACUGGGGACGGGACGGCCAUCCGCGCGUUGCAGUCGAUUGGCUUGCUCAAGGAUGCCCGUGUGCUUGAGGUAUCUGACAUGGUGGGAGACCAAAGCCAGCUUCAUCGGAGUCAAGUGGUCAACGAGAUUCGACGCAAUGCAGAGAAGCCUGGCGUGUGUGUCAUUGUGGACUUUGAUGAGAUCUUAGAUGGAUUCUAUGACUUGUUGAACUUGCGCUUUCAACGCAUCCAGUUGGAAGAUCGAGCUGCCUUUGCAGCAACAAUUGCAGCAGGGAGUUAUUCCGUGCUGGCGCCUGUGCAUCCGCAUUUUCAGCUUGUUGUGUGCAUCAAGGCGGCCGAUCUUCCAAGCACGCCUUUGCCCUUUCUUAACCGUUUUGAGAAGUUCUACUGCAGCCCUGCGGAUUUGGCCGUACGCACAGCCAGCCAGCUCUGUGGCGGUCAAAUCAGCCGCGAUGUUCUGAAGAACUUCUUAGUUGGAGCUGCAGGUGACCGGCUACAUGACCUGGUGCAGCUGCUGGGUCCUGCGAGCCUCGUGGGCUAUCAGCCCGCCACCUUGGGCUCAGCCAUCAACGAGGCGCUGCCCGGCGCGGCCGAGGCGUUGGAAGCCCUGGCGGCCGCGUGGCACGGGCGCGAGGAGCAGCGAGCCGCUUUGGAGAUGCGGCCGCUGCCGCCCCGCCUGGCGGAGGCCUUGGCAUCGCAUCGCCGAAAGCCCAAGGCAGCAAAGGUCUGCAUGGGCCUAGAGAACGCGGGCGCCAGCUGCUACCUGGCCAGCUGUGUGGUGCUGCUGGUGGCUCACCAGUGGCUAAGAUGGGAUGAGGCCUCAGAUGAAGCCUUGGCCCAGGAGCUCCGCGAUGUGAUGAAGCACUCGCAAAACGAGGUGGUGCAGAAGGAGCAGGUCAUGGUCUUGGAGAAGGAGCUGAAGCGCUUGGACAUUGUGGAGGGCGGCAAGCAGGAAGACGCCGUGGCCACCUUGGAGGGGCUGCUGAGCUGCUGCGGCGGCCAGCCCCUGGCCCUGAGCGGCGCCACCUGCGCAGUCUCGUCGCCGGAGGCGGACCGACUUCCGGCGCAAAAGGCAACGCCGGGGGCGGACUUCGUGCUGCGGGUGCCCUUGAAUGCCAGGCCACUGCAGUCGCUGCUCAGAGAGGAGGUUCUUGUCUCCGUGGAGGACUGCGAGGUGGAGACCCCUCAGGGCCCCAAGCGCUUGGCCUCGGUGCUCCGCGGCAAGCAGCGCCGCACGGAGGAGGAGCUGCCCCCAAAACUGCUGCCUUUGUGUCUGGAGCGAUGGAGCCGCAAGGGAGUCUCGAUGCAGAAGAACGAUGCGCACCUCGCUGUCCCCUUGACGGGUCUCCAGUUGCCGCUGUUGCCUCCGGAGCGUCAGAGCUUGGCAGUGCAAGAGCUAGAGAUUUGGAGCUACGAUCUCCGCUCCUUCAUUGUGCACAUGGGAGGCUUGCAUUGCGGACAUUAUGUGGCAUAUGUACGAUCGGAAGAGACUUGGUAUGAGAUCAAUGACGCGAUGGUGAGGGAGAUUCAUUCUCAGGAAGCUGCUCGCAGGGCUGGAGAUGCCUAUCUCUUGGUCUACGAACUUGUGUCAUAUCAAGGCUUUGUGGCUCUGGAGAGCCUCACCUCGGUGCAGACAAGCGCGACUCGGCGCCAGCGGGCCCUCUGCGAGGCCGCGGCCUGCGUGGCGCUGGGCGCGGCGCAGCGCCUGAUGCAGCUGGCGCCUUCUGAGGCGGUGCUCAGCCAUCUGAAGUCGCUGCCAAACGAGCUCUUGACAGGCUAUACAGCGCGUCCACACACGGGACUCGGAGCUUUGCUGCAGCGAAUGGCGUACACCGGCUGGCCGCGGGUCCUGGUUUUCACUCGUGAUGUGCUGACGACUGCGAAUCGCGAUGAUGUGGACAUCCGCUCGUUGCCUCGCACGCGCAAGGAGGCUAUCGAGCUUCUGGAGUCCAGGGAAGGCGAAAGAAAGCCGCUCAUGGUGCUGUGCCGACUUAGCGGUGCUUCCUUUGCCAGCGAUGAUCUGGAAUGCACACCCCGUGCCAUUCACCAGCUCCGGCGCUUGGCCGACGAGCGCUUGAUCUCCGGCCUUCUGGUGACGGUGUUGUUGCCACCAUGGAAGUUGCACAUGGCCAGCAUCUACGAAGCCAACUUCUGCGGUUGGGAGAUCUUCCACUUGGACUCCCUGGACGACACGGAGUGCCCGGCCAUGGUGGCCUCCGUCCUGGAUGCUGAACCGGAGGAGCUCGAGGACCAGGUCUCGGAGGACGAACUGAGGCGGGACCUCUGGACCGCUGUGAGUCGGCUGCCGCCAUCCCAGGCGCUGCGGAGCCUUGCAGAGGCCUGGGCCCACCCCGGGGCGGCCUUCUACUUGGAGGUCCCGCUGCAGCGCCGCUGUGCGGCGUUGUGGCAGUUGCUGCAGGAGCCGCGCUUUGAGGCCGUGCUCACGCAGCUCCGCAAGAUCCGGUGCAGAGUGCUGCAGGGCGUGUCAUUGAAGCAGGAGGCCAUUGCAGCCUCCAAGGAGAUCGUUGGAAUGGAAGUGGAUCACCGCCCGCUUCUGUGCCUACAGACCACUGUCCGCAACAGGUGCGCUGAGAAAGUGGUCUCGGCUCUGGCAGGUGCACUCCAUGUGCUCUGUGACCAAGGUGGUCUCAAAGUCUUGGUGGAGCAUGGCAGCGAUGCCGUUGAGAGCACGGCGACGUACCUAAGACUACGUGGAGCGUUGCCAAGCUCCAGUCUCACAGCCCCACGACCUUUGAUGCCACCGAUGGGGGAGCCGGUCUUGCCAUGCUUUCCGCGUCUCUUUGACUGCCUGCAAGAGUGCUUCUUGGACACUCGUGCUGUACUUGAAGACGGAGAGGAUCAGAACACCCUGCUUGAAAAGUUCUCCGAGGCAUGGUCAAAGAAGUCCUUCUUCGAGCUGUCCCAGCAAGUAGCUUCAGGCCCUCUCCUGCCCACGUAUUGCGCAUACGCGGCUUCGCGGCUGAGCCUCCCAGCAGUGGCAGCCGAGCUGUUGCAAACCUGGGCCCGCAGCGGGCUUGCAAAUCUACAUACCUGCGCCUGGUGCCAUCGGUCCAUGCUGGCUGCUUUGAGCUUCCUGUACCAGGACAACAUUCCUCAAGCAGUGCUGCAAAAUCUCAGCUCGGGUGCGGACGCCUCUGCCCAGAAGCUGGCGGAAUCUGCAUUGACGCUGCUGGAGAAACAGCUGCACGCCUUGAUGUCACUGAGCAAUCAGAUGGCGGACCUGGAUUCCUGGCACCAUUCCUUCCAGGCAGCCCGGUCAUUGUUGAGGAGCCGCUUGAGCCUGACGCCCGUGCUUUACCGCAAGUUGGCGGACCUGGCCUUCUUCAGCGACCUGCUGCCGUGUCUGUCGCACUCGGAGGGUCUUGAGCUGCUGAAGGACUUGGCCUCGGGCCUCGGCACAAGCCGCGAGGAGCGGCGGCGGUGCCUGCGUGGCUUGGCGCGCAACGGCCGCAACGGGCCGUCGGCGCCAGCACGCCUCUGCCUACAGCGCUUCCUGGAGGACACUUUGUGGUCGCUUAGAUGCUCCAACGAGGACGCCGACGGCCUGGCUUUCGUGCUUGAUAUCGUUGACAGCAAUGGAAUCUUCAAGGACUGCUACGAUUUGAUCACCCCAGCUUUCGGCGUUUCCGCUUUGGAGGGCGUGCUGGAGCUUGCCCACAGGACAAAGCAGGAAUCAAAGCUCAGCCAAGAAUUCUGCAAACGGGUCGAUGUUGAGGAUUUCCAGGGACUCCCGUGCAGUGCGUGGAUGGAGUGGCAGGGCGAAGGCCGAAGCUCCUUGCCGCAUCUCCUAUACUUUGCGCUCCGGUCUCCUGAAGGCCUUCAGCUGCUGAACUUGGAAAAGCCCGUGGAGCAGCGGCAGCGCGAGGCGCAGCGGUUCCACGCGCCGUGCAACGCCUACGCCGCCGCGCGCCGUGCGGCGCAGCGGCACCUGCUGCUGAGCGCCGCCGCCGCGCGCGCGGCAGCUGGAGAAAGCGCGCGGGAGGGCCAGGUGCUGUUGCAGCUGAUGGGUGCCUGGGAGGAGGAGGAGUUGCUGUACUUCCUGGAUGGCCUGGUGCGCUUUGCGGGCUCCAAGGCCGGCGCCGCCAAGGCUCUCCGCCGGCUCGGGGACCUGCCUCCGGCGGUCUUGGCCUGGGAAGCCGCGCUGGCGAACGCGGAGGUGGCCGGAGGUCCCGGAGAGAAUCCAUGGGAGGACCUGCCCAUCACUGGCAUGCCAGGAUUUGAGAGUGAAAGGCUGCGCCGGCAGCGUGAGGAUCGCGAGCAAGAGCGCCUCGACCAGAUGCACGCCGCCCAAAAUGCCAGAUGCUGCCCACAUUGCGGCCGAAUCAUUGAAAAGAACGCUGGCUGCGAUGUGAUGACUUGCGGAAACCAUGCACAUCAAGGUCUCAUACACGGUGAAGGUUGCGGCCGGGACUUCAGUUGGUUGCAGUCCCAGCCGUACCGCCCAACCGUGUCAGAAGCUCGGCAACCUGCGGGCUACUCGGCCAUCCUCUCGUGGCUGACGCGGGAAAACUUCUCGGUCUGCGUGCAGACGGCCGAGGAGGCCCUUGGGGGCUUGUGCCCAGAGGACCGGCGCUACGCCUUCGCCAACGCUGCGGCCUGUGGGCUGCUGAAGCGCGGGCGGAGCCAGCCGGCCCUGGCACGAGCGCUGCAGUCGGAUGCCGCGCUGCAGCGGGCGCUGGGCUUUGAGCCACGGCUCGCCCGCGUGGCCGCGGUGCUGUGUGACACCUCGGCCGUGCAGUCCUCAAGCCUCGCGGCAGCCGUGCUCUUGGGCCGUGACGGCUGGGAUGGCGUCGUUAGUGGCGAAGGUGGAGACUCCAACUUGAAGCUCAGAAAUGCAGUGGUGAACCUCUUGGUCGCGGUGUUGGGAAGUCCGGACAACAACCACCUGAGUAUGUUGCUCUUGGAGCCGUUGGCCAUGAUGAACACCUUCCCUGUGGGUUUUUGCUUCGGUGCUAUGCCUGGCCCUGAAGGCUAUCACUUUGACUGUGGCUGCAUUUUAGACGCUGCCGGGUGUGCAAGGAAGACUCGGCCUCCGCUGGAAAACCGGCAUCUGCACUUCGUGAACUUCUGCAGCUGGGCCAUUCUCUCUGUGGGGCUCCUUGUGCAGCCGGAAAACUGCACCAACAUCGAACGAGUGCUGACGAUGAGGCACAUGGGAGAGGUGGAUCCUGCUGGAAGAAAUGGCCCGGAGAAUGCUCGCACUUAUUCUAUGAACUUUGCCCUCCGCUGCUUCGAGUGCGUUGGCACCAAGCAAGGGCUUUCCGAAGAGGAUCGGGGGCUGUGCUUUGCCCGGCUCUUCCACAACUUCCGCGCAGCAGUCUCGGCCAGCGGCUUUCAGCCAGCCAGGAGCUUCCCAGCGGCGGAGCCGCGGCAGCAGUACGAGGGCCUUUGGCGCAGGCUGGUGGAUGAGGCGGUGGGCGGCAUCGACGCCUGGCACCAGGAGGCCUUGCGCACCUCGCAGGCCCAGGAGCAGCUGAGGCAGUUCCAUGCCUUCCGUGCGAGGAGGAGCUACCUGCACCAUCACUUCGAUUCUUGCAAGCUGGCCCUGCCCGCAGUGCCAGAGCUCUCCUUUGUGACUGCCCUGAUCAACCGUCAGGAGGAGCUAGCGCAUUUGCCGCUGCUGAGGGAGAUUGUGGUUGUCCAGAAUUGGAUAUUCGACCGACUCAACGGGGUGCUGCCGGAAUCAUGCCUGGACCAGCCGGUGUUGCAGCUGAUGAUGAAGCGGCAAAAGAAGGAUCAGGAUGUGGGGUCCAUGGGCGACGUCCGGCACUGUGAGCUGGCCAUUGCGAGCUUCAAGCGCUUUGUGCAGGGCUGGAGGAAGUUCCACGCCGAGAACGGUGGGCAGAUCCCCAUCGAGUGCCAAGCGGCCCGCGUACGGGCCGGCCUGGAAGCGCAGCACACGCGCCUCGAGGCCAUCGAGGAUGAGCAGAAGAUUCCUUUGAGAUUCUUCGUGCAUGGAGAUGCCCAAUGUCAGCCGCAAAUGGUUGCCAAGCACCUCUGCAGCGCCUGGAACGAGCUCGUGGACAGCGCAGUGUCUGCCCUGAGAAGCCACGGCCAGUACUCCGCGCGCUGGGCCAGUCGCAUGGAGAGGGAGGCGCCCGUAUGGCUGGCCGACCUCUUCUUCCAAGAGCAGCUGGUGGAAAGCCUGCAGAGUCGGCCGCUGCAGCGCAGUGUGCUACGGCAGCUGCAAGGUUCCCAGGGCCAGGUGCCCAAAGUGGACUGGCCGGCAGUGCAGCAGGAGAUCUUGAGCUCCGCCUGGGUGCACCGCGUGCAGCGCUUGCGGUUCCCGGAAGCCGUCAGCUCUUUCGCCCUGCGCCCCGAGGGACAGGUGGCAGAGGCGCUCGAUGAACACACGGAGGAGCGGAUUUUGGAGGCCGUCGCACAGCUGCCGCUGCAAGACCUCCAAGGCUGCAGGGAGGUGCUACGCCGUGUGGCUCUUCAGCUGGGUUCAGCAGAUCCAUUGAGGAUGGUGCUGGAAUUGGAGGAGGUCCAGUCGAUGGAUCUAUUGCCGCAGGCCGUCCAGCUGCUUACUGGCAUCCGGACCGGCGCCUUGCCACGCCUGAUCCAGAUCCUCGAUGAGGAGAACGGGGAGUUUAGUCGCUUCUCCGGAGUCCUGGCGGUGCCGGUCGCCCCUGCGCUGGCCGAGCAGCUGGCCGCCUUGCUGGCGCCAAAGUGGGACGCCAUGGGCCAGGCGCAGCUGGCCAGCAAAGACGCGCAGCUGCGGGAGGCCAUGGCGAACCUGGAGGAAGAGAACUUCUGCAACUUCCUCAUGAGCAGGGAUGAGCUGCCCCUACACAGCAGUUAUGAGAUGGUCUACGGGGAGGGCCUUCUUUCCGGGCUUCCAGCCGACGUGCUGGGCUGCAACUUGGUGGCGGUGUUGCAGCAGCUCCGCCUGCUCAUGCGGGAGGUGCGCGCACGGAAGUCUGUGCUGGACGAGGGUACUGUCUGGGACUGCCGGCAAGGCCUGGCGGCCCUGGCAGCCCAGGUGCCGGACGAAGGCCCUGAGCCAGAGGAUUUGUGGUGGGAAGGGCCUGAGCUGGAGCCCGACCUGUCGGAGGAGAUGCAGCCUCUGGAGGAGGCUGACCCGGCAUCGCAUGUGACAGCGGCACCUUGCCAUCCAGAGGCUGUGCAGGAAGCUUCGUGGAGGUCAGCAGCCAAGAUACCAUUUCAGGAGGUGCUCUCAUGGGCAUUCAAGGCUUACAGGCGAUGUACUUCUGCCAUUCCCUCAAUCAAGAAUGCCAUGGAGGCCGCGCGUGCAGCCACGCCCGUGCAGUCCGAGCGACCUGCCAGGGCGGCCUCUCACUCUCAGCAACCGGCAAAGAUCGCGACCCAGUACCUGGCUGUGCAGAAACCUACCACCUUGACCAGCGCGCAAUUCAUCACGGAAGCGCAGACGGUACGGAGGCUAGAGAAGGAUGAGGUUUUGGAGAUAUUCGAGACAUCGAACUGCAUGGGCUCGGAGCGUGUCAGGGUCCGCUGCCUUCGUGACAAUCGGGAGGGCUGGGCGACCGUGAAAGGCAACAAGGGCACGAUCUUCCUGGUGCCGCCCGAGGCCUCUCACUCUCAGCAACCGGCAAAGAUCGCGACCCAGUACCUGGCUGUGCAGAAACCUACCACCUUGACCAGCGCGCAAGACAUCACGGAAGCGCAGACGGUACGGAGGCUAGAGAAAGAUGAGGUUUUGGAGAUAUUCGAGACAUCGAACUGCAUGGGCUCGGAGCGUGUCAGGGUCCGCUGCCUUCGUGACAAUCGGGAGGGCUGGGCGACCGUGAAAGGCAACAAGGGCACGAUCUUCCUGGUGCCGCCCGAGGCAGACGGCGAGGCUCCUGGCAGCCCUGGCUCCUGGCAGGUGGUGGAGGAGAAGGAGGUGGACGACAGAGAGGAGGAGGAGGACGACGAGGACUCUGUUUGAAUGAUGCUUUGGAAUUCUCUGAAAGCGGUGGAUGAUCGUUCCAACACUUGCGAAGGGGUAAUUGGCGCUGUUCUGUUU